AUGAGGUUGUAUCCUUUCAUACUAACAUUAAUUGGAGCUGUACAGAAAUGCUUUCCACAAGGAUGCAACCGGGAAAGAAUGGCCUUCGAACAACAAAACAAGGUGGUGAAACGUUUUGUCACCUGUUUCGUCGCGAUCGAUUCAUAUUGCCACUUCCUACAUCCCCAAAACCUGGAUGUAAUUUCUUACUACGAAGCGACAUCAUGCAUUGAAUCUCACAUAGAUCUUGUGAAGUAUUCAGUUCCACAUGCUAAAGAUUGUAAGGAUGUGUAUGAGAGAGGAUUUAUUGAAACUGGUGUGUAUAAAGUAGGGGAGUUAUACAGAUACUGCGAAAUGAACUAUCUUGGUGGUGGAUGGACAGUCGUAGUAAAUCGCAUCAAUGGCGUUGCUAACUUUAACAAAACGUGGAAUUCUUAUAAAGAAGGUUUUGGUAACUUGAAAAACGAGUUUUGGUUGGGAAAUGAGUACUUACAUCUACUUACUAAAGAUACGGAAAACGAAGUAUUGUUCGUCAUGAAAAAAUUCACCGAUAGUAAAGAAUACAUGGCGUUGUAUGAUGGGUUUAGUGUCGGUGAUAAUUCUACUAGAUACAGAUUGACGACCGGAACGUACACAGAAGAUGGAAUCGCAUUUCCUGCUGGAGACAGCUUCUCUUACCAUGAUAGCGAAGACUUUAAAACUUACGAUAAUGAUAAUUCCUACUUGUGUGCACAGUAUAGUGCUUGGUGGAUGAAGAAAUGUUAUAAAAGCGCGUUAAAUGGAAGAUAUUCAAGUAAAGGGUCAUGUGAAGUAAAAUGUAUUCAUUGGGGAACUUUAUCAGGAUUUAAUAACUCUCUUGAAAAAGUCACAAUGAUGGUGCGAAGAAAAAUGUAAAUCAAGCGAUUUCAAUGAUCACUGUAUGUUAAUCUUUUCCAAAAUUUGCAAUUGGAAUAAUUGUCGAAGUCAUAUUUUUUGACAGAAUAAUCAUACGGAUGUAAGGAUCCAGUAACCUAUCGGAGAAGCUAUACAACACAACCUGAUAGCGAACAGUUUUUGUAUCUUCGACUAGCAAAAGUAGUCUGGUCAUUCCACUUCGACUUUAUUAAAACAAAACACACCAAAACCGAGAAAACUCUGUAAGAGUAAUUUACUUAUAACUAAACAUAUAACUUUUAAAUAUUUUAAACAUUUUAGGAAUAUAUGAAUAGUAUGAUUAGCACACAAAUAUACAAAAAAAAUAACAAGUAAAAAACAAAAGAACAAACAAAAAAACAAACAAUAAAAACAACAAAAGACAACAAAAAACAACACAAAGCAACACAAACAAAAUAACAAGAAAACACCAAAAAAACACCAAAAAAAAAAACGAACAAACAAAUAAAAAAAACCAAAGAGAUGUAAACAACAAUUCAACAGCCCUGCAUACCAAUACCUUAAUUGAUAAUUUCUUAUUUUAAAUACCAAAUUUGAUAGAUUUUUUUUGAGGGAUUUUGUUUUCAUGUCAAUGUUUUAGCAACGCUUUGCAAGAAUACGCAUAAUAUCUAUAUAUUCUCGCACUUUUUGUUCAUAGGUAUACGGAAAACACAAUUUAGCAUAGCAAAAUCUAUUUUUUAAAGGUUGUUUUAUUGUAAAAUUUAUCUUUUACGAGUCAGGAUUGUUUUUUUUCUAAACUCAUCUCCA